GGAGGGCUCCCGCCCGGGUGAGCGUGGAGCGGCUGCUGGAUGACCCGGCUCCUGCUUGCCCUGCAGCCCCGGCCUCUUGCCCACCAUGAACGCCAGUGGCUCGGGCUACCCGCUUGCCUCUCUCUACGUGGGCGAUCUGCACCCCGACGUGACCGAGGCAAUGCUCUACGAGAAGUUCUCUCCCGCCGGCUCCAUCCUGUCCAUCCGCGUGUGUCGCGAUGUGGCCACCCGGCGCUCGCUGGGCUACGCCUACAUCAACUUCCAGCAGCCCGCCGACGCGGAGCGGGCACUGGACACAAUGAACUUUGAGAUGCUCAAAGGCCAGCCUAUUCGCAUCAUGUGGUCCCAAAGAGACCCAGGACUUCGCAAGUCAGGUGUGGGCAACAUCUUCAUCAAGAACCUGGAGGACUCCAUUGACAACAAGGCCUUGUAUGAUACCUUCUCCACCUUUGGGAACAUCCUCUCUUGCAAGGUGGUGUGUGACGAGCAUGGCUCCCGCGGUUUCGGCUUCGUUCAUUUUGAGACCUAUGAGGCCGCACAGCAGGCCAUCAACACCAUGAACGGGAUGCUGCUGAAUGACCGCAAAGUCUUUGUGGGCCACUUCAAGUCUCGACGGGAGCGGGCGGCGGAGCUGGGAGCGCGAGCCCUGGAGUUCACCAACAUCUACGUGAAGAACCUCCCGGCGGAUGUGGACGAGCAAGGCCUGCAGGACCUCUUCUCCCAGUUUGGGAAGAUGCUGAGUGUGAAGGUGAUGAGGGACAGCAGCGGCCGCUCGCGGUGCUUUGGCUUUGUUAACUUUGAGAAGCACGAGGAAGCCCAGAAGGCUGUGGUCCAUAUGAAUGGGAAGGAGGUGAGCGGGCGGCUGCUAUAUGCGAGCCGGGCCCAGAAGCGCGUGGAGCGGCAGAAUGAACUGAAGCGCAGGUUUGAGCAGAUGAAGCAGGACCGGCUGAGCCGUUAUCAGGGUGUGAACUUGUACGUGAAGAACCUGGAUGACUCCAUUGAUGAUGGCAAACUGAGGAAAGAGUUCUCUCCCUAUGGAGUGAUUACCAGUGCGAAGGUGAUGACAGAGGGUAGCCACAGCAAGGGGUUUGGCUUUGUGUGUUUUUCCUCCCCAGAAGAGGCGACAAAGGCCGUGACAGAGAUGAACGGGCGCAUCGUGGGCACCAAGCCACUCUAUGUGGCACUGGCCCAGCGCAAAGAGGAGCGGAAGGCCAUCUUGACCAACCAGUACAUGCAGCGUGUCUCCACCAUGCGGACCCUGAGCAACCCCCUCUUGGGUUCCUUUCAGCAGCCCUCCAGCUACUUCCUGCCUGCCGUGCCCCAGCCUCCAGCCCAGGCUGCAUACUAUGGCUGUGGCCCAGUGACACCCACCCAGCCUGCCCCCAGGUGGACAUCCCAGCCACCUAGACCUUCCUCUGCCUACCCUCCAGGUGCCUCAAUGGUUCGGCCACCAGUGAUGCCUCGGUGCCCCCCGGCCCACAUCGGCGGUAUCAGGCAGGCCUCCACCCAGGUGCCACGUACGGUGCCCCACACUCAGAGAGUGGCCAACAUUGGUACUCAGACCACAGGACCCAGUGGGGUAGGAUGCUGCACGCCAGGCCGGCCUCUCCUGCCGUACAAGUGUUCUUCAGCAGCACACAGCACCGAUCAGGUCCAGGAGCCGGCUGUGCACAUCCCAGGACAUGAGCCCCUGACUGCGUCCAUGCUGGCUGCGGCGCCCCUGCAUGAGCAAAAGCAGAUGAUUGGGGAGCGUCUCUACCCCCUUAUCCAUGAUGUCCACACCCAGCUGGCUGGCAAGAUCACGGGCAUGCUGCUGGAGAUUGACAACUCGGAGCUGUUGCUCAUGCUGGAGUCUCCAGAGUCCCUCCAUGCCAAGAUAGACGAAGCAGUGGCCGUGCUGCAGGCACACCAGGCUGUGGAGCAGCCGAAGGCGUUCAUGCACUGAAACCAGAAAAGGAAAUCCUCGCUGCCAUGGCUGCCAGAAGGACAGUGUUUCUGGCUCUUCAGCCCUAAGGCCCUGCAAACUCUAACUUAUUUCCCAAUUAGUCAGUAUCUAUACUUGGGCUCUGUAUGCAAAUGAAGGUUGGUCAUUCAUCCAACCUAUUACCUUUUGCUUUGUGUAUUAAAAGUGCUGCAAAAUCUG